AUGCCGCUCUUCAGCUCUUCCUCCGACGCGAAAUCUCCCCAAUCUCCUGCCAGCCCUCUGAGAGCUUCGGACUCGCUCUUCCCCGUUGCCCCCUCCGCCGGCGGUGCCGUUGCAUACCUGCAGAAUGAGCAGCAGCCCCCCCAGGCCGCACAGUCCUCCAUCAGUCCGACUGUGAUCCCUCCGGCCUCCGCACAGAUCACCGAAGACUCCGGCAGAUCAAUUCUUCUCGAGCUCGAAGAUGGGACCAUCUACCAUGGACUCAGCUUUGGUGCGGAGAAGAGCGUUGCCGGCGAGCUGGUCUUCCAGACCGGCAUGGUGGGGUACCCUGAAUCGAUAACAGAUCCUUCGUAUCGCGGGCAGAUCCUGGUCAUUACGUUCCCUCUCGUGGGCAAUUACGGUGUCCCGUCCCGUGAGACCAUGGACGAAUUGGCAAAGGAUCUCCCCAAGCACUUCGAGUCCAGCCAAAUUCACAUCUCCGGGUUGGUCGUCGCCAGCUACUGCGGAGAGGAGUACUCGCACUUCUUGGCAGAGAGCUCCUUGGGCAAAUGGCUGAAAGAACAGGAUGUUCCUGCAAUCUACGGCGUCGAUACCCGGGCUCUAACAAAGAGAAUCCGCGAAAAGGGUAGUAUGCUCGGCCGUAUGCUGCUUCAAAAGUCCACAAGCGGAAAAGACCUGGUUCACGAUCUCGCGGAGACCGUCGAUGGUGAAGAUUCGGGGAGAUGGCGCGAGCAUUUUGAAAAUAUCGAAUGGGUAGAUCCCAACAAGAGAAAUCUCGUCGAAGAGGUCUCGGUCAAGGAGCCUCGACUUUAUACACCGCCAAAGGCUGCCAUUCUCCACCCCUCAGGUCGUACCAUCCGUGUUUUAUGUGUCGACGUUGGCAUGAAAUACAAUCAACUUAGAUGUUUCCUCGCUCGUGGCGUUGAAGUUCUUGUUGUACCCUGGAACUACGACUUUCAUUCCCUGGGCGGCAAUGACUAUGACGGCCUCUUCGUGUCCAACGGCCCUGGUGACCCAGCGAUGCUCGCCUCCACCGUUGAAAAUCUUGCAAAGGCCCUGAAGGAAUGCCGAACCCCAGUCUUCGGUAUCUGCCUUGGUCACCAGCUCCUUUCUCGUGCCGCCGGCGCCGGGACUAUCAAGAUGAAGUUUGGAAACCGUGGUCACAACAUCCCUUGCACCAACAUGCUGUCAGGACGUUGUUAUAUUACCUCCCAGAACCAUGGUUAUGCCGUGGAUUCCUCAACCCUACCCGAAGGCUGGGAGGAACUGUUUGUCAAUGCCAACGACGGAAGCAACGAAGGCAUUAGACACGUUUCCAAGCCAUAUUUCAGUGUUCAAUUCCACCCUGAAAGUACACCGGGCCCUCGGGACACCGAAUUUCUCUUUGAUGUCUUCAUCAAUACAAUUAAGAAGAGCAUCGAGUCUCCUUCUGGAUUGAACGAGCCCGUCUACUUCCCUGGUGGCACAAUUGAAGAAAACCGCCUCGCCCACCCUAAGGUCUCAGUCAAGAAGGUCCUCAUCUUGGGCAGUGGUGGUCUUAGCAUCGGCCAGGCCGGAGAAUUUGACUACUCGGGUAGUCAAGCGAUCAAGGCCCUCAAAGAGGAAGGAAUUUACACCGUCCUAAUCAACCCGAACAUCGCAACAAUUCAAACAUCCAAGGGACUUGCAGACAAAGUCUACUUCCUCCCGGUCAACGCUGAUUUCGUGCGCAAGGUCAUCAAACACGAACGUCCUGAUGCUAUCUAUGUCACGUUCGGUGGUCAAACCGCCUUGCAGGUCGGCAUUCAGCUUAAAGACGAGUUUGAAAGCCUUGGGGUCAAGGUUCUAGGUACUCCUAUCGAAACCAUCAUCACCACCGAGGACCGUGAACUGUUUGCUCGAAGCAUGGAAUCUAUUGGAGAAAAGUGCGCCAAGUCUGCCUCGGCUUCUACUCUCGAAGAAGCCCUCGAAGUUGUCAAGGAUAUCGGCUUCCCCGUCAUUGUCCGGGCUGCAUACGCGCUCGGUGGUCUUGGAAGCGGUUUCGCAGACAAUACUGAGCAACUGCGGGAUCUUUGCGCCAAGGCGUUCGCCGCUAGCCCUCAGGUCCUGAUUGAAAAGAGUAUGAAGGGAUGGAAGGAAAUCGAGUAUGAAGUUGUUCGUGAUGCACAGGACAACUGCAUCACAGUCUGCAACAUGGAGAACUUUGAUCCCCUCGGUAUCCACACUGGUGACUCGAUCGUCGUUGCUCCGUCACAGACCCUGUCAGAUGAAGACUAUAAUAUGCUCCGAACAACAGCAGUCAAUGUCAUUAGGCAUUUGGGUGUCGUGGGCGAAUGCAAUAUCCAAUAUGCCCUAAAUCCGUUUUCAAAGGAAUACUGCAUUAUCGAAGUGAAUGCACGGUUGUCCAGGUCUUCUGCUCUUGCUUCCAAGGCGACUGGCUACCCAUUGGCAUUCAUUGCUGCGAAGCUGGGUCUCGGUAUCCCGUUGAACGAAAUAUCCAACACCGUCACUAAGGUGACAUGCGCCUGCUUCGAACCAUCUCUUGAUUAUGUUGUGGUCAAGAUCCCUCGCUGGGAUUUGAAGAAAUUCACUCGUGUCUCGACCCAGCUUGGCUCUUCAAUGAAGAGUGUCGGUGAGGUCAUGAGUAUUGGUAGAACCUUUGAAGAAGCCAUACAAAAGGCCAUUCGUGCCGUCGAUUACACUAACUUGGGUUUCAACGCCACCAAUGCAUUGAUGUCGAUCAAAACUGAGCUUCAGACUCCUUCUGACCAGCGACUCUUUGCUAUCGCGAACGCUAUGCAGUCCGGUUAUACUGUCGAUGAUAUUUGGGAGCUGACCAAGAUUGAUAAAUGGUUCUUGCGCAAGCUCGAGGGCCUUAGCAAAUUUGGGAAAAUAAUCAGCAAUUAUACUGCUUCCACCGUCCCAGUUUCUCUUGUUCGACAGGCCAAGCAGCUCGGUUUCUCCGACCGCCAGCUAUCUAAAUUUUUGAGUUCAAAUGAAUUAGCCAUCCGGAGACUGAGGGUCGAGGCUGGCAUCAUGCCUGUUGUGAAACAGAUUGACACUGUUGCUGCUGAGUUUCCGGCUUACACCAACUACCUUUAUCUAACCUACAACGGUUCAGAGAGCGAUAUCUCAUUCAACGAUAAAGGUAUCAUGGUUCUUGGAUCUGGUGUUUACCGAAUUGGGUCUUCCGUUGAAUUCGACUGGUGCUCUGUUCGAGCUAUCCGAACACUCAGACAGCAAGGAUACAAGACGGUCAUGGUGAACUACAAUCCGGAAACCGUCAGUACUGAUUAUGAUGAAGCUGAUCGACUGUAUUUUGAAAACAUUACUUUGGAGACUGUCCUCGAUAUCUACCAGCUGGAGUCUUCAAGUGGCGUUAUUAUCUCUAUGGGUGGCCAGACACCGAACAAUAUCGCCUUGCCGUUGCAUCGCCUGAAUGUCAACAUUUUGGGUACCUCGCCAGAGAUGAUCGAUGCCGCAGAGAAUCGUUACAAGUUCUCCCGCUUGCUUGACCGCAUUGGUGUCGACCAGCCUGCAUGGAAGGAGCUUACUAGCAUUGACGAGGCGACGGCAUUCUGUGCCAAGGUCAAAUAUCCAGUGCUUGUCCGUCCUUCUUAUGUCCUUUCCGGCGCUGCGAUGAAUACCGUCUACUCUCAAGAUGAUUUAGCCAAUUAUCUCAAUCAAGCCGUUGAGGUCUCGAGAGAACACCCGGUUGUCAUCACAAAGUACAUUGAAAAUGCCAAGGAGAUCGAAAUGGAUGCCGUUGCGAAGAACGGUGUGAUGGUUGGCCACUUUAUCUCUGAGCAUGUUGAGAAUGCUGGUGUUCAUUCUGGUGAUGCAACUCUCAUCUCACCUCCCCAGGAUUUGGAUCCAGAGACUGUCCGCCGAAUCGAGGAGGCAACGAGCAAGAUUGGAAACGCUCUCAAUGUGACCGGUCCUUUCAACAUCCAGUUCAUCGCCAAGGACAACGAGAUUAAGGUCAUCGAAUGCAACGUUCGAGCUUCGCGAUCUUUCCCAUUUGUUUCCAAGGUCAUGAACGUCGAUUUGAUUGAAAUGGCCACGAAGGCAAUGAUCGGGCGACCAUUCGUCGAAUACCCUCCCGUUAAUAUCCCAAAACACUAUGUUGGCAUUAAAGUUCCUCAGUUCUCUUUCUCUCGACUGUCUGGUGCCGAUCCAGUCCUUGGUGUCGAAAUGGCUUCCACCGGUGAAGUCGCUUGUUUCGGUCGCGACAGGUAUGAGGCAUAUCUCAAAGCUCUCAUCUCAACUGGCUUCAAGCUUCCGAAUAAGAACAUUCUUGUUUCCAUUGGAUCCUACAAGGAGAAAAUGGAAAUGCUUCCUUCGAUUACCAAGCUUCACCACAUGGGUUAUAAUCUCUUCGCAACAGCUGGUACUGCAGACUUUAUCCGCGAGCACGGCAUUCCGGUGAAGUAUCUCGAACUUCUAGCGGGCGAGGAAGAAGAUUUGAAAUCGGAAUACUCGCUUACCCAACAUCUUGCCAACAACUUGAUUGAUCUUUACAUCAACCUUCCAUCCAGCAACAAGUUUAGAAGGCCGGCCAACUACAUGAGUAAGGGGUAUCGGACUCGUCGUAUGGCCGUCGAUUAUCAGACACCCCUUGUGACCAACGUGAAGAAUGCAAAGAUUUUGAUUGAGGCAAUUGCUCGCCAGUUUGAGUUGGCUGUGCAGCCUAUCGAUUUCCAGACUAGCCAUCGCACUGUCGUUCUCCCUGGAUUGAUCAAUAUUGCUGCAUUCGUACCCGGUGUUGCAGAUGUUGGCUCAUCGGAUCUCCAGUUGGUAACCAAGGCAUCAAUCUCUGCUGGCUUUUCGAUGAUCCGAGUUAUGCCGGUCGGAAUUGAUAGCUUCGUUACUGACGCCCGAGCUCUGAAGAUUGCGCAAAACAACUCCCAGAAAGCCACGUAUUGCGAUUAUAAUUUUUCCGUUGCCGCCACAUCGACCAAUGCGGAUCAAAUUGGACAGAUCACCGCUAAUGUUGGCUCUUUGUUCAUUCCGUUUAAUCAUUUGGCCGGAAAUAUCAACAAAGUGGCUACUGUCACAUCUCAUUUUGCUUCGUGGCCAUCGAGUAAACCGAUCAUCACGGACGCAAAGGCGACUGAUCUAGCGUCCAUCCUGCUUCUUGCCAGCCUUCACAACAGGAAUGUCCAUGUUAUGAGCGUUACUUCAAAGGACGAUAUUGGCUUGAUUGCGUUGAGCAAGGAGAAGGGAUUGAGUGUCACUUGCGAUGUCGCGAUUUACUCCCUUUUCCUUUCCACCGAAGACUACCCGCAAUGCACUUGUCUGCCGUCGAAGAGAGAUCAGGAGGCUCUCUGGGAGCAUCUGAAUACCAUCGACGUUUUCUCCAUUGGAAGCUUGCCAUACCAGCUUGCGGGCAAGGAGGCAAGUCCAGAAGUUGGCAUUGCCGAUGCUCUCCCACUACUGUUGACCGCUGUUGCCGAAGGGCGCCUGACUCUUGACGACGUUACCUCUCGACUUUACGACAACCCGAAGAAGAUAUUUGAGCUUCACGAUCAGAAUGAUGCCUCCGUCGAGAUUGAGGUCGACCGACCCUAUACCUUCCAGACUGAAGGCGCCUGGUCUCCGUUUAACGGCAAAACUCUCCGCGGAUCAGUUCAGCGCGUCACCUUCCAAGGAAAGACGUCUUGCCUUGACGGGGCUGUGCUCAGUGAUGCCGCUCGCGGUACAGACAUGUCUGACUAUCGACUUGCGCCCCCUCCGUCGCCCUCUGUCAAGGAGUCUCCCAAGUCUCCUCGAUGGGACAACUCGGUUGGGCGACGCCUUUCCUUCAACACGACACCCGUUCCACGUCCCUCACGCUUGAGGCAUAUGGAUACCAUCGCCCUCUCAGGCAACGAAUUGGGUCCGCCUUUGUAUGCCCAACCAACAAGCGCGCCGACGACAUCCCCAUCGCUGAUGGAGCUGCUCUCGCGUUCAACCUUCAAGCAGAAGCACAUCCUAUCAGUGAAUCAAUUUACUCGAGCUGACCUUCACCUUUUGUUUACCGUUGCGCAAGAAAUGCGACUUGGUGUUCAACGUCAAGGUGUCCUCGAUAUUUUGAAGGGCCGGGUCCUAUCAACGCUGUUCUACGAACCCUCUACCCGCACUUCUGCCUCGUUCGAUGCUGCCAUGCAACGCCUUGGUGGCCGCACGGUUGCCGUUGCUACUGAGCAUUCAUCGACCCAGAAGGGCGAGUCGCUUCAGGAUACGAUUCGCACGCUUGCUUCUUACGCUGAUGCGAUCGUCCUUCGCCAUCCACUUGAGAGCAGCGCUGCCACCGCAGCCAAAUUCUCUCCAGUCCCUAUUAUCAAUGGUGGCAAUGGAAGCAUGGAACAUCCUACUCAGGCCUUCCUCGACCUCUUUACUAUCCGUGAGGAACUUGGAACGGUCAGCGGCAUCACGGUUACUUUUAUCGGCGAUCUUCGCCAUGGCCGCACCGUACAUUCGUUGAUCAAGCUCCUCCAGUUCUACGAGGUCCGCGUGCAGCUGGUAUCUCCCAAGGCUCUUGCUCUGCCAGAAGACGUUCGUCAGCACCUCGUCACGUCUGGCCAGCUAGUCCUCGAAACCAGCGAGCUGACUCCCGAGGCUGUUGCCCGCUCUGAUGUCCUCUAUUGCACUCGGGUGCAGAAGGAGCGCUUUGAGGAUCUGAAGGAGUACGAGCGGCUCAAGGACAGUUUCAUUGUCGACAACUCGGUGCUCAAACAUGCAAAGAGCCAGAUGAUUGUGAUGCAUCCGCUGCCCAGGAACGCGGAGGUCGGUGAAGAGGUGGACUUUGAUCAGCGGGCUACGUAUUUCAGACAGAUGAGAUACGGCCUCUACUGUCGCAUGGCGUUGUUGGCUUUGGUGAUGGCACCCUGA